AUGAAUCUCUCUGCAGAUGAACAUGAAGCCAUUGUCGCCCAGGUGCAAAUCACAAAACUCCAGAAGAAGCUCACCAAUGCGAACAAACAGCUCGCCAAGCAGAAGAAGGCGCUAGCUGUCGCACAAGCACCGACUGAAGAUGACUUUGAGAGGAUACCUGCUGAGGAGGAAGAGCCGGCCAGUGAUGCUGAAAUGGGCAUCAACCUCAUAUCUUCAUUCAGAAAGGGCCCUGCUGUGACAAUUCCCAUUCAGAAGGCUAAACUAACUCGGCGCCCUCAAGUGACCCUUCAACACCUGCGUCGUCAAGGCUCAGUGCAUGCGGUGGCCACACCGCCUACGCAAGCCUUGCAAGACCCGAACCGGCACUCGACGCAGUCCGACUCUCUGGCCACAGUGACAAAUACACCCCUAGAUCAGGAUGACACUUCAUCCAUGCGCAACCAUCCACCAUCUCAGCCAAUGGUCUUGGACUCCUCAGACCCGGAGAACAUUGAUGUCUGUGCAACUCCUACCCCCCGCACAACCACUCACAAGUGGCACUGCCCGAUGGGAGGCUCAAAUUCUCUUUCCGCAUCAACUCAAGACUGCCCAAAGUCUUCCGCGGCACGCUCAGGUUCCUCACAUGCCCCUGUCACAAAGGCAUUGAAAGCCGCGGAAUUCAUCAACAAUGAGUCUCCAAGCGGGCGUCCGAAGGCUUCUCAAUACACAGAUGACAUUAUAAGCCACAAAUCAAAUGCACGCGGAGACCUUAUCAACGAGAUUCGCAAGCAUAUUGCUGCCGCUUAUGGAUUUGUUCCUGGCGACAAACCAGCAGCUCAACGAAAGAACGUUAAGCUCUAUCAAGGUCUGAUACAUGAAUCAACAUUCCAUUACAAAGACUUUGAUCUGGACGUGGGAAGUCGUUCCGGCUUCCUGCGCAAUACCAUUGUCACGAAGUUGAUCAAGGAAUGUUUUUUCAAGAACAAGAACUCCGUCGGUAUCAAAUUUCGGAAGUACUUUGACCCGAUUCGCACGCCGACUCUAGCUCUGUUGUUGACCGGGGUUGAACACUGCAUCAAAGAGUGGUCUACCGGCAUUCAUGCUCAGGUAGCAUUCUCAGAAUUUGAGAAUAAGCCAUGGUAUCUGAACCACAUGGAAGACAUCACAAAGUGGGCGCGAUCAUCUCCUGGUGUUGUAUGCAACCUGUGUAAGAAAUGGCACGACCACGCUCGCCGUGCCACAGGUGUUGCAGAUGAUGAUGCGCCAACUGGGCAUUUGUCGGCCGCAGCAAUCGAGGACGCACAGAAGGAGUUACAGGGACACACAGGGGAAAUGGAUAGUGAGGCGGAAGAUGAUUGA